CCCCAGCACCUCCAGCACCACCAGCAGCACCAGCGGCACCUUGAACUUGAGUCAGCACCUGGUGCAGCGGAGCGUGGUCCUCUUCGUCGUGGGCGCUUUCAUGGCGCUGGUGCUGAACUUGCUGCAGGUGCAGAGAAACGUGACGCUGUUCCCCGACGAGGUGAUCUCCACGCUCUUCUCCUCCGCCUGGUGGGUGCCCCCGUGCUGCGGGACGGCAGCAG